AUUCCAGGUGGCACUGUACUUCCGUAUGUAAACGUGGAAGCUACGUGAGAAAAAACGUAUGAUGUAAAAUCAGUAAAUACUGUUACUACAGUGUUAAUCAUGCCUGCAUCACCAAGUAGUACGAGUGUUGGAGGAGGUCGUUCUCCUAAAGCUAUGUCUCCGCGAUCAACUGGAGGCUCGACAGUAAAGCAGAGGAAACCUGGUUCUGGAGCCAGUGGAGGUGGACAUUCGAGAGGUGGAGUUCCCGCUGGCACUGGUGGUAUGUGGAGGUUUUACACCGAUGAUUCACCCGGUAUUAAAGUAGGACCUGUGCCAGUGCUGGUCAUGAGUCUGUUGUUCAUUGCCUCAGUUUUUAUGCUCCACAUCUGGGGAAAGUACACCAGAAGUUAAGAGCCGAUAAACACAGUACUUAACGAGUGGGACCACAGUGAAUACCAGACUAACUACAUCCAUCAUAAGGUUUAUUCACUAUUUAACGUGAUGAAUAUGGUAUUGGCAGGUUUUGUAUGUGUGUAUACACUAUAUAUAACUGAUGAUUAAAGAUGCUCUUUUAAUACCGA